GACAUUUUUGCAGUGGUUAUAUGUCUCCUGAGUAUGCGGUAGAUGGACACUUCUCAAUAAAAUCUAAUGUCUUCAGCUUUGGUGUGAUAGUAAUUGAAAUCAUAAGUGGGAAGAAGAACAGAGGAUUUCACCACUCGGAUCACAAUCAUAAUCUUCUUGGACACGCAUGGAGACUAUGGACGGAAGAAAGAGCAUUGGAAGUAAUGGACAACAUGUUAGGUGACUCUUACACUGUUUCUGAGGUUCUACGCUGCAUUCAUGUGGCUUUGCUAUGUGUUCAGAAACGACCAGAGGACAGGCCAGAUAUGUCAUCAGUGGUUCUAAUGUUGGGCAGUGAGAAUCCAUUGCCUCAACCAAAACUUCCUGGUUUUUACAUCGAAAGGAAUCUGCCAGAAGAAGAGGCUUCAUCAAGCCAGCAUGAACGUGUUUCAAAUGGAGUAACAAUUUCAACGUUGCAGGGACGGUAAAGCAUCAUCACUUGAAAUAAAAAUGUUAAAAAUAAAAGUGAAAGGCUGGUAUAUGUAAUGUAAGAGUAAACAUCCUGGAUAUCAAUUUGUUGGCAUUAAUGAGCUAAGAAAAUUGUGUAGCAUGUUAUAUAAUGUCUCCAGCUUCUCUUCAAAUUACGAGGUUGACUGCUCCA